UAAUGCUAUUUUAAGAUUAUGGAGUUUUCUUGUGGUAGAAAUGGUCUGUCUUGACAACUGAGGCAAUAUUUCUGCCUUAGUAACAUCACUGAUUGUUUGAUUAAACUUCAUUUGUCAAUUUUGAGAAGUUCAUCCAGUGUAUUGGAAAGGGAUUAAUGGAGAAAGUACAGUGCUAGAUUUCUAUCAUAGAUAGUUAUCGAGUGGUUUGAUUGUUUUAGCUUAAGUGCAGGCUAUCAGUGUUUGAACAAUAAUUUAGUGGUAUCUUCUAACAUCAUUUUGGCCUUCUAUCUGAAAAUAUCUUACUUGUUAGGAAUUGGGGUGCAAGGCAGGAACCUGGUGGUGUUUUGGGUUUCUGAUAUCGCUAGAGUCUUGGCUUAGAUUUGAUCUAGCAUAUUAAAUUGGAAACCCUUGUGAGUUAGAAGUCUAGAUAGGUCCAGUAAACAAGAGGUUUGACUGGACUCAACACUGGAAAUACAGAGAUGAGUUUAGAAAAUAUUAUGGCUUUAUAUAACAUUUGAUUUGCACUCUCUCAAAAAUAAAUGUUUUUUUAAAAAUAGAAUUCACGCAGAUACAUAAGAGUAUAAAGUAAACAGUCUUCUUUUUAAGUUUAUUUAUUUGAGAGAGCGAAUCCCAAGCAGGCUGUGUACUGUCAGUGCAGAGACCAACUUGGGUCCUGAACCCAGGAAUUGUGAGAUUGUGACCUGAGCUGAAAGCAAGAGUCCGAUACUUAACUGGCUGACACAGCUGGGCACCCCAGAAGCAAUCUUUUCUUUCUUUAAAAAAAUUUUUUUUUAACAUUUAUUUACUGUUGAGAGAGAGAGAGAGAGAGAGCUCACGCGAGCAACGGCUUGUGUGUGCAAGCUGGGGAGGGGCAGAGAGAAGGGGAACAGAGGAUCCCAAGCGGGCUCUGCACUGACAACAGUGAGCCUGUUGUUGGGUUUGAACUCACAAACUGUGAGAUCGUGACCUGAGCUGAAGUCAGAAGCUUAACCACCUGAGCCACCAGGCAUUCCAGAAACAAGUCUUUUCUUUUAAGUCAUCUAGAAAAAUUAUCUUUCAGAAUUGGUACAUUGGCAAAUUAACUUCAUUUUGUAUGUUAUGAUCAAUGAUACUGCUUUUGGUUUUUGAGUCAUUAAGGAAUGUAUUGGAUAAAUGUUUAAAAGUAGUGUUUUGAAUGGGUUUCGUAAAUAUCAAGAAUCAUACUAAGACUCUACUUAUCUGAAAUCAGGAGAGUUAUAACUGUGACAUGUUUAUCUUUGCAUGCCCAAAUGCUGGCACUUGUCAGAGGUUUCUUCUUCUUUUUUAAUUAAAAUGUUUUAAUGUUAAUUUAUUUUUGAGAGAGAUAGUGUGAGUGGGGCAGAGAGAGAGGGGGACAGAGGACCUGCAGAGGGCUCUGCUAAUUUGUCAGAAGUUUUCAUACAUGAAGAAUUGUCUGCUUUAAAUUAGCAUGGUUCUAGUGAAGUCAUUCUGGAGGUGGUGUUGAUAAAUUUAAUUCUUAGAGAGAAGACAUGAGAUUAUAUAAAAGGUAAUAAGACUACAUCUAUAGUCCUGUUUUCCCUAGUCUUUUCAGUGUUCCUCUGAAAUCUGUGUUUUCUAGCAAGAUUUCCAUGUGGACUAUCUGUCCAUUGUACAGUUAUAAAUGAUACAUUUGUGCCUUGUAAAGAAUCCUAUUCUUCAGGACUGAGAGGGUAUCUGAAAUAGAAAUUAUUUGGUGCUUAAAGAAACUUUUCUUCUGCUUUCUCUAGAUAAUCUGUUUUUCCAUUUUCAUGUUAUUCCAGCAUAUUUGAUUGUUAGUUAACUAUUAAUGACUGCCUUCUCUAAUCUUCCUUCCCUCUUAGAAGGAUCUAAUUGGGAAAAGAUGAAAGUAUUAACUUGCAUCUCUGAAUACUUGGAAUCAGAGAACUGAUACGAAAUUCUGCUUAAAAUCACAGAGAAUUUGACCUGGAGAACUGUGCCUGAAUCAAAACAAGGAGCACCUGAGAUUCUAUUCUGAUAAUAAGAAUUGAGUGUGGGUUUAGAGAGAGGCAAAGACUUAGUAAGCAAGGAAGACCAAAGCUAGGAGGAGUGAGCUUCUACAGAAAUGGUGAAUUAUGGAGGCAACUUGCUCUGGAAAGUGGCUAGCUUUUGUGUCUCUGGAAGCACGUACAUAUAGUCUGUGUUCAUCAGUAGGGGCUGAGGUGGAAUGGCUGCCAUUCCUCUUCUCCCUCAGAUCUCUGUACUUGAAUGAGGGUUAUUGAAAAUAAUUCCUCACAAAUUCAAUUGCAAAUAGACCAAAUGAAGCAACUUAGGGCAGAGUAUGACGCAAAAGAAGUAAAAUAUCAUACUUUCUCCAAAGAUCCUUCAAAACCUAUUCCAGGCAUGACUCUCCAAGAAUCCGUCAGUUUAGAUGCUCUCACUAAAUACUUGAAACAUCUUGAAGAUAAAUAUGCCGAAAUUAAACAGGUUAUGUUGAAAAAAUUUGUACCAGUUCAGAGGAAGGCAGAUUUAGAUGAGGAAAUGAUGGUGACAUUAAAACGGAGAGAUUUAGCUGAAAAUUUAAACAAAGAAUUACAGUUUCGUCAUCAAAGACUGCAGAUUAUUUCAAAUGCACUUACUUCAUGGGUAAAAUCUGAUAUGAGCAGCUCAUUUCAAGAUUUCGUGGAGCAAAUUCAGAAAACUAAAGAUUUACAUGGUGACCAAGGCAUUAUUGAGGAACUGCUUGAAGAUGAUCCAGGCAAGGCAAAAGAAGCUGAAAUUUUGCUUUCCUACAUUGAAAGGUUCAAUGAAUUAAUGUUGCUUGGUGAAUAUGAAAAGGCAGCUUGUUUUGCAGCACACAGUCCUAGAAGAAUUCUUCAAAACAUUGGGACAGUGAAUAAAUUUAAGGCUGUUGGAAAAAUUAGAGGAAAGCCUUUUCCAUUACUCUUAUUUUUUGAAGCCAUCUUUAGCACAAGUCAUGCAUGCAGACGACCUAUUGAUGCAGAACUGACCCUGGAAGGAAUCCAAUGUGGAUUAUCUGAAAAACGUUUAGAUUUAGUUAUCAAUUGGGUCACUCAGGAAAGGCUCACAUUUUCUGAGGAGGCUGGGGAUGUCAUUUAUGAUUAUGGGGAGCAGGAUACUUAUAACAAGGCCAAGUGCCUGGCUUUAGCUCAGAUUAUCUACACUGAAUGUGGCCUGCACAAGAAAGCUCUUCUUUGCCUGUGUAAACAGGGUCAGAUUCAUGGGGCCAUGGAAUACAUACAGCAGUUCAAGGACUUUACUUCCGAUGACCUGAUGGACCUAAUCAAGUUAUGUCCUCACACUGAAUUAAUUCAGUGUCUCACUAGAGAAUGGAACGGGAAACCACCAUCUUUAUCUUUUGGUCUUGCUAUACUUCAUCUGUUCUCUGCAGAUAUGAAAAAAGUUGGCAUUAAGCUACUUCAAGAGAUAAGUAAAGGUGGGAAAGGUAUAGUCGAACAUCUUAUGAUAAAUGAUCCAUUUUGCUCAUUAGAAAACUGGCAAGAAGUAGCAAAUAUAUGUUUACAGAAUGGCUUUGACAAAUUAUCUCGUGACAUCAUGUCCAUUCUUCGAUCUCAGGCUGGAGUUACAGAAAUUUCUCAAGAAGAUGAUACAGUCAACUUAAUGGAACAUGUUUUUUGGUAGUGCUACAUCUUAACCAGUUGAGGGAGCCUGUAUAACAUUUUAUGUGUGUUGGUUGGACAAACUGAUUUUGGCAUAACUAACUUAUAAAUAAAUCCAAAGUGUGAAGCUCUCAGAAA